GGUCAGAGACUGCAGACAUACUACAGGAGAUGGUCAGAGACUGCAGACAUACUACAGGAGAUGGUCAUAGACUGCAGACAUACUACAGGAGAUGGUCAGAGACUGCAGACAUACUACAGGAGAUGGUCAGAGACUGCAGACAUAGUACAGGAGACAGUCAGAGACUGCGGACAUAGUACAGGAGACGGUCAGAGACUGCAGACAUACUACAGGAGACAGUCAGAGACUGCGGACAUACUACAGGAAACGGUCAGACACUGCAGACAUAGUACAGGAGACAGUCAGAGUCUGCAG